GGGGUUGCUGCCUUGGGCCUGCAAGGGGAGUCUGUAAAAUCAUUGCAUGAAUACGUUAAUGAGGUUUCACCAUAUUUCCCCAAACCCCCAAAAGUUUUCAUCCCUCUUCAAGGCAGGAUUCAGCUUAAUCCUCCACCUACUAAGGGCGAUCCAAACAACGAAAAUACUCAAUCGAUAACAAGUUCUUCGUUAAACGACAAAGUGUCCACUGAAUCGUCAGUAACUAAACCUGAUGGCCUUUCCGGCCAUUUAGCAACUGUUGCUAUACGUCAGAAUGGCAGAAACCUUCCAUCUUGGGCAAGUAAAAGUAGAUAUAAACUGACUUGUGUUUCCUACAACUCAACUACUCAUAACCUCACCACCCACUCACCUCCUCCUCCUGUUAAACCGGUUACUCAUUCAAAUAAGUCAAUUGGACAGAGGCGUUCUUCUCGCUCAACUACGUCUAAUUUCCGUCGACCACUUCAAGUAUCUCCAAUUCCGUCUGACUUUGAUGGACUAACAAAUGAUAAAAAGAAAGAAGAUGCUUGGGAGAAGGCUUUGUCUGCGACUCUCUCUCCUCCUCAUCCUCCUUCCCAACCCCCUCUUAAAAAUUCUAAUCUCAAUGUAAAUACUCCUGCUACACCAGUUGUCGUUACUACUUCUGCGGAAGCAAAAACUACAGUCACUCCCUCGCUAACGGUAGUUAAAAAGAAACCACCGGUUAGCAAUCGUCGACCGCCUCCCAAUCGUAGGAAACCAAUAUAUUCCCGUCGUAAGCGGCCAUUUAGUUCCGUCAGAUUACCUCCACCGCAGUCCAUUAAAGACAGUCUCUCUUCCCCUCCUCCCUUGAGGGAGAAUAAGAGUGUUUUAUUUCAUAGCAGGAGUCCUGCCGCUUCUCUAUCUCCCGAAAAACCAUCUCUUUUUGCCGGUAAAAUGGAACCUCUUACUGUUAAUACUGAUAUGGCCGAAAUGGCUAAUCAGCAUUCAUUCUCUUCAACAGUCGAUCGACAAUCACGCAGGUCAGAUCGUCAGAAUACUCCAGUUCGACGAAGUCGGCCGUCAAUAUCCAGUGGUGGUGGGUCCGUGUUCCAUGAAAGUCCUUUGUCACCACGAGAUACAAGUAUUGGAUCUUCUUUGAGAAGGACUGAAGUGACUCCUAAACCUCUCGCCAUCCAUUCAUCCCCUAUAUCCCAACCUACUGGUGAUGGAGGUGAUGAUGAUUUUGCUUCCAGUACUGAUACGGAACCUAUGAGAUUUGAGGAGGAGAGUAGAAUUUAUGAGAUCCCCACUGUUCCCAGUGUUCUCACUACCUCUGCUAUUUCUGUCGAUCGCCGAUCAAUUCAGCCGUCAUCAAUGUGCUCCACUGCUCCCUCUUCGACUUCUUCAACAUUGUCUUCCUCGCAUUCUACAACUUCGGGACGAUCUGAUGUCAAGACUCCUGUGCUACGAACUGUAUUAGAUUCGACGGCAUCGGUGGCUCCUGUUAAAUCAUUUUCUGAGAACUCCCACGGUCCUUCCAUAUCCGGCUCGUUCGCUUGUCAACAGUCUGGUGACGGCCAAGCGAAAACGCCUCAAGUCACCCAAUCUACAACCCCUCAGCCCGCCCCUAUGUUGACUAGUGGAGGUGGGCUCAAGUUAACGAUCCGAAAAGUUGGUGAGACGAUGAGUGUGAAGUCAAGUGAACGUGCUCUCACAAACACCAUCUCUAGUCCUUCAAGCAGUGAUGGAAUUGAUGGCUCUUCUUCCAGCAGUAGUCGCGACACGUCCCCUCUUAGUUCACGUCAUGGUUCAGAUGCGGAGACUGCGGCGAGGCGUCACGCUGCUAUUCCAUCUGCAUUUAUCGCAAAUAAAGCUGAUGCUAAACCUGAAUCCCCUCCCCGGACCUUCUUCUCUACAUCUACUCAACCACAGAAGCAGCAGCAAGCCGAACCCUCCCCUCUUCCCAAGGCCCCUAAAAUCCGUAUUAAGUGGGAUGCACAUGGCAAGGCUUCAACCAGUUUAAUAUCUACUGAGGACUCCUUUACCGCGCCACAGAGGCCAAAUAUUUCCCUUGAAAGGCUACGAGGAAGUAGUAUAAGCAACGAGGGCAGUAGCAGCAGUUCCACUUCAAGGAGUCAAAGUUCCUAUGAUGAUGACGACGAGGAGAAUGGUUCAUUCCCCAGUUCUCAAGCUCCUCAACCAAUUCCACCGCUCUACAUGCUCUCUGAUAUUCCUCCCAGGUUCAAGAGUAGUGCUACUACUACUAUUACUGCUAAACAACCCCCUCAGCUCAAACCUAUUCAUAUUGACCUUCCCUUGCCCAAGAUUGAUCCACUUCCUCUUUCGCCCACCUCUACAUUGCCUCGAGAUAAUUUGAAGAAGAGUUCUGUUAUUAAUGCUGGACAAAGCUAUCAACCUCCACCUCCUGUCUUACCGAGGUUAGACUUACUUACUCCUCUGCCUCCUAUCCCCAGUACAUCGCGAAAACGAACAGUCUAUUCUUCAGAUGAUAGUAGUUCGGAUGAAGAAGGGGAUAAGAUGCCUACUCCAAGUGUCUCUCAUUCUAAGAGGCGUGGGCAGGCUGCUAAAAGGAGACGGGUUGAAGAAAACAAGCCUGUGGAGAGACAGCCAUUGCUUGCUUCUGGUGGAAGCUCUUAUUAUGCUGUUGAGAAUGGCGAGAAAUUGUGGCUGUGUCCUAUCUGUUCCCUACCUGGAGGGGAUAUGGUUGGCUGUGAUGGUUGUGACGACUGGUUCCACUUCCAAUGUGUAGGACUGGAUAAGGCCCCUGAAACAGAGAAGUGGUUUUGUCCUUCGUGCACUCGAAGUCAAGCAUCUUCCGCUGCUUUUGCUAAGAAGACAGGCUCAGCCAUUUCAAGAAAACGUUCUCAAAAACAUUCCUCAACGAAGCGUAGGUAA